AUGUACGCCAUCAUAGGAGCAGCCGGAAAGGUCGGAUACGCAACAGCCCAAGUGCUGCGGCAAGCCAACGUACCAGUUCGAGCGAUUCUGCGAGAUGCAGCAAAGGCAACACCACUCCGAGAGAUUGGCUGCGAGAUCGCUGUCGCAGACGUGCACAACACAUCUGAGCUGGCAAGCGCAAUCCGCAACGCAGAAGCUGUGCAUGUCAUCAUCCCGCCGUCGCCACAACACAAGGACGGAGCUCAAGACAUGCGAGACAUCAUCACCAGUAUCAUCGCCGCUCUUGAACAGGAGAAACCAAACAGGAUCCUGGCCAUCUCCGACUACGGCUCACACGUCGCCCGCGACAUUGGCAUGCCGACGGUUUUUCGUGGACUUGAGGAGCGGCUUCGCAAUCUGCCGGGGAACAAGAUCAUUCUCCGAACGGCAGAGCAUAUGCAGAACUGGGCGAGGGCGAUUCCGGCAGCGAUGGAAUCUGGAACAUUUGUCAGCCUUCAUGAUCCGCUUGAUACACCAUUCCCUACGAUCUCGGCGCCAGACCUUGGCAAAAUAGCGGCGGAGGUCUUGCUGCGAGAUGCUGCGGGCGAGAAAUAUGAUAUCGUCCACGCCGAAGGACCUCGCCGAUACAGCGCCAACGACGUGGCAGCUGCACUCAGCGACCUUUCUGGGCGACCCAUCAAGGCUGUUGCUCUUCCUCGCUCGGAGUGGCAGACGGCGAUAGAGCGAGGUGCGAGUCCGAGUUUGGCCACGCUUUUAGUCAAAGCCAAUUACGCUCAGAACGAGGCCGGUGUUGUGGAUGUUGAGCAGGGCGCGGGCGAGGUCAGGUAUGGGAAGACGGAGCUGAUCGAUGCACUGCGUCCGUUCGUGUCUCCGUAG